AUGAGUGAUGGUACCAGUUCGGGGUCGCACUCGCCUGUUGCUGAAGAAGAAGACGAUGAGCCGGCGCACGAGGAUCAUCAGGGCUCGGAUAAGAUACCUUCAAUACCGUGGCCCCGUUUGGAAGACGAUAACGAUGACUCGGCGUUAGGAGACGACCUCCAGAUGUCGACUGCGUCCGCGUCGUCAUCCAUCUUCCACUAUCGCAUCCUAAACGGCCGUACCUACUAUAGCGAGAGGUUUGGAGAAGACAGGUACUGGUCGCCUAACGAUGAACGGCAGAGUGAGGCCAUGGACAUGAUUCACAGUUUCUUGCGUCUUUGCCUGGACGGAAAACUGCAUCUCGCGCCUAUCGAGGACAACGUACAAAAAAUACUCGACAUUGGGACGGGAACAGGAAUUUGGGCCGUGGACAUGGCAAAAAACUACGCCGGCUGCACAUUCAUCGUGACAGAUCUGUCGCCGAUCCAGCCCGAAUAUAUGCCGCCGAACGUCAUAAUCGAGAUCGACGACGCGGAACUGUUGUGGACCUGGCACCCGAGCAGCUUCGACUUCGUCCACAUCCGCUACCUGAUCGGCGCCAUCUCGGACUGGCCCAAGCUGUUCAGGCAGGCCUACGCCGCGCUCAAGCCGGGCGGGUGGAUCGAGUCAUACGAGCCCGAAGCCGAGUACCACAGCGACGAUGGCACGCUCGAGCCGGACUCGGCCAUGGUCAGAUGGCAGAGACUCUUUAAGGAAGCCGGCAAGAAGACAGGCCGUCCGUUCACCAUGAUCUCGGAUAACAUCACGUCUGAUGGCAUCCGAGAUGCGGGUUUCGUUGACAUCCACACCGUGGAUUACAAGAUACCAAUCGGCUCGUGGCCCGAAGACCCCAAACUGAAAGAGAUCGGAAAACGGGCUGAAGAAACGUUCUUGGCAGACCUCGAAGGUUACGCCCAAUUCGCGUGGAACACCGUGCUGGGAAUGCCCAUGACCGAAAUGCAUAUAUUUCUGAUGGAGUACCGCCAGGAGAUUCGCAACCCAGCGAUCCAUACCUGGCUGCCCCAGCGCCUGAUUUACGCCCGCAAGCCCGUGAUGGCAUGA